ACAAGAAUAUUUCUGCGCAUGAUUAGAAUUUACUUGAUGGAUACCUUCCGGAAGACCGCCGGGCCACCUUCACGCUCCUCCUCCACCACCUCCGGCCAUGUCUAAGUACGGCACUAUCCCCUCCUCCUCCACUCCGCCGCCCGAAGGCUCCUCCACGCUCGACUUCAUCUCCCGCGCCAAGGCGCGCGGCGCGUCGGCGCUGGCGACGCGCCGGCCCUGGCGCGAGCUCGCGGACCCGCGCGCGCUCUCCGUUCCGCGGGGCCUCGCCGACGCCUACCGCCGCGCACGCGCCAACCUCGCGCACUUCGCCUCUAACUACGCCAUCCUCGUCCUCGGCGUCAUCUUCCUCUCCCUGCUUUGGCACCCCGUCUCCCUGCUGGUCUUCCUGGCCUGCAUGGUCGCCUGGCUGUUCCUCUACUUCCUCCGCGACGAACCGCUCGUGCUCUGCGGCCGCGCCGCCGGGGAAGGCGUGGUCCUCGCCGUGCUCUCGGUGCUCACGCUCGUGCUGCUGCUGCUCACCGGCGCCACGGCCAACAUCCUCACGUCCCUGCUCGUCGGUCUCGUCCUCGUCCUGCUCCACGCCGUGCUGCACCGCGCUGCCGACAGCAUCGACGCGGAGGCUGGGCGGUGGUACACGCCCGUGCCGCCCUCCACCUAGUAGGGUUCAUGCGGCAGUCCCAGAGAGCGGCGAGCAACCGAAAUGGUGGGAGAAAAAUGCUGGCCCAAACAUGAUUGACAUCCACUCCACACAGGAGUUCUUGGAUGCACUGAGAGAUGCUGGAGACAGGCUUGUUAUUG